CUCAUGCCGUCUACUAUCAGUUUGUUUUUCUUUCAUCCGCUCCGUAGUACAAAAUUUAUUAAUGGAGAGUGGUUGAUCGUGUAAGCUUUACUCUGGAAACAGUAUGUUUAUGUUCAUUACUUGAUAUAUUUAUUUAUUGUUUAAAGUUCAACACAAUUAUUUAUCAUAGUUUUUUUUAAAAUAGGAACUUGGACUUUUUCUACUGAACUUCAAAACGAUUGCAAUGUGAACGAUUUCAGAACUUUUAAUUAGGUUUUACUCCUAUAAUCAUGUACACUAAAAAAAACUUGCGGAUUGAAUUGUGCAGUGAGAAUUCUAAGUUCAACGAUGCUUAUUCUUUCAGAAGAAUACGUAAAAUAAAUUCAGUAAAUGCUAAAACUGCAACCAAUGGAAAUUUUGUUUGGGCGAACAAACAAUAUUUUAAAUCCCCAGUUUGCGAAACUUUUGAAAAUGGUCGUUUGGUAAAACGUUCUUCUAAGCCUGUCGAGCAUCAAUCACUUAGAUUUAAUAGAGUUAAUGAACAUAUUGCUGUUAAAAAUGAGAGUGAAAUAAAUAUUUCAAAGAAAACUAAAAAAGUGUCUUUCCAAGACCACAAUAAUUAUAAUCACGAUAUUGAGAUGAAGAGAGAAGAAGAAAUUGAAUACAUGGAUGUUGUUAGAUCAAAAAAUAAAAUCACAACUCCAGAGAAAAAUGUACCUCGGAAACGGCCUUGUAUUAGUAACAUCGAUUCCUUCAAUCGACAUCCAAGUAAUGUUUCUAAUUUAUUCAAUUCUUUGAAUGAUCAUAAAGAUAAUCUUUUGAUCAAUAAGCCACAAAAGAAUGAAAUUCAAUCUCUUAAACAUAAUGGUCCACAAACUGUAAAAAUGGAAGAAAAAUCUAAUAAGCCGCAGUCAGUACUAAAAGAAAACACUGGUUUUGACAAUAUCCAAGGUAUGUCAUCAAAAAUCAAAUCUCUUUUGAACAUACCUGUGAACAGCAACGAAAAAAAUGAUUUAGACAGGGAAACUAAACAGGAAAAUUUUAUUCAAUUCAGUUUAUUCAAAAUUCUAUUCUAUUCUAAAAUUCUAUUCAAUGCUCUAUUUCAAUUAAUAAGAAAGAAUUUAUCAGAGUAUACUGCUGAAGUUUCUCUGCAAAAUAGCUGGAGAACAGAGAAAAAUUCUUAUGCUCUGAUCCAAAAUAACAAUCGACAAUCUUCUUCCAUGAAUAGAGAUUUGAAUGAGACAGAUAAGAGCCCUUCUUUCGGACAUGACAAAAUUAAGAGUCCAUCUUUUGGAUAUGAGAAAAUUAAGAGUCCUUCUAAUGAAUAUGAAAGAAUUAUGAGCCCUUCCUUAGAUGAUUGGAUUAAACAGUGGAAACAAACUUGGAGACAAAGAAAUUCUGAUUCUGAAAGUGUAAAUAAAAAUACCACGACUACUAGGAGCAAUUUGAAGGAAGAUAAAGAGGACAACAAGAACACUUCUAAAGCUGUCAAGGAUUCUGGAAGAGAAGAACAAAACAAAAUAAAAAAUAUCUCGACAGUAUAUACUUCUGCAAGUAAUGAUAGAUAUGACAACAAAACUGAUUCUGCAACGAUUAAGAAUUGCUUAAGUAAAGAAAGUCGAAGCAGCAAAGAUAUUUCUGAAACUAAUGAGAAUUUUGUAAGAGAAAAUAAAGUUACAAGCAAAGAUAGCUCUCCAACUAUAAAGAAUUGUGCAAGCCAAGAUAGACAUGGAAACAAAUAUGGUCUUGCAGUAACAAACAAGUCUACAAGUAAAGACAUCGAAAAUAAGAAAUAUAUUCAGAAACCUUCGAGUGCUACAUCGGCUGACCAGAUCUACUCUGAAAAAGAUGCUCUGCUUUGCUUGCAGGUGACUGGUCAAAAUUUGACCUCUGAUUUGACUGUGAAAAAAAUAAUGUUGGAGUAUGUUAAGUCCCGAAGACCAGAAUUAAUGAAGUUGAUUCCACUUGAGAAUUCCAAAAGUGAAGAAAUUCCAUAUAGCUGCGCAGCAAUCAUGAUUCUUUUGCAAUAUCUUUUCUCUUCAUGUCAAAAAAUAUCAAGCUGGAAAGUAGCCUUGGAAAUUAUGGCUCUUAGCCUUAAAUACAACUUGAAACGGUUGAAGGAAAUGUCUGAGCAAUAUUUUGCAGAAAAUCCCCCAACUCUGCAGAAUGUGGAAGAGAUCAUUCACAAUGCAUGUUACUUAAAGGUAAUGUAUCAUUUGAACAAUGCAACUAAAGUUGAAGGUUUAUCAUUGUAUCAAUACUUGUGCAUUACUCCUCUGUCUAUGGAAUUUAAAUACAUACCUUCUUCUUGCAUUGUUUUUUCCAAACUUCUAUCUGAAUUUUGCAUACCAUUGCAUCCCGUGAACCAUGACUUUUCAGCAGCGUUUAAGAAAGAUAUUAGAAAUGUCCUUGCGUUUGAGGCGGUGAAAGGGACUUAUGUUUUGACGGGGAUUCAAAUUAAGUUUGAUGUGCAUUCUUUAGAAAGAGUGAAUAUUGAGUGUACAGUUUCGAAAGGGAAUCAAAUGAUUAUUUCUGAUGAAAAGGAAGAACGCUUAAGAUCUUUGAUAAUCCUUAAUUUCGGUAAGGACGUAUUGGUUCAGCCGUCAGAAAGAGUUAAAGUUUCCGUCAUGAUCGAGGAUAUUCAACCUCGUAUUUGUAGUGGAGUUACAAAUCUUAAAUGUGUGCAGAAUUCAAAUGGGUGUCAUUUCACAACAGAAUUAUCUUCAAAUGUUUCGCCAUGUUUGAUUUUUAUUGAAAAACUUCUUUAUACUGUGAGCUUCUGAACAAAUUAACAUCUCCUAAAAGGGAUUCUAUGUCUUUACAAUUCAUCCCAUUUGUUUGUUAUUUCAACAAUUUUUUUAAGGAAGUGAUGUAUUUUUAAUUGAUGUAUUUGUAAUGGAGUUACGAACCUUAAAUGUGUGCAGAAUUCAAAUGGGUGUCAUUUCACAACAGAAUUAUCUUCAAAUGUUUCGCCAUGUUUGAUUUUUAUUGAAAAACUUCUUUAUACUGUGAGCUUCUAAACAAAUUAACAUCUCAUAAAAGUGAUUCUAUGCAUUUACAAUUCAUUCCAUUUAUUAUUUCAAUUUUUUUAAUGUAGUGAUUAAUUUUAAUUACUCAUUAAAAUAUUUUGAUUUGAUUUUUGAUUUGUUAUUUCCCAGUAAAUGUUUAAAAAAAUGUACAAGUGUCACCCUGCCACACAGAAAAUAACAAAAUAUCUUAAAAUUUCAUUGCAUUUCCCUAAUCUCAUUUUUUGCUGCUAAUGCUGAUAAAAUUUCUAAUCACCCCGAAAAUCUCAGAAAGCUCUAAAUAUAUUUGUACGUUUCUUUUUAUAAAGUUAACUGAAAUUUUACUCUCUUAAUUUUUGUCUAAAAAUAAAUAAAAAAAAAUUUUAACUUAUUCUUACAUUUUUUAUAAUAUUACAUGUUUGAAAAUAAAUCAGUCUUUCUUCUAUUAUUAUUUGUCUAUUAUCUUAAGCUUAACAUUAGCAACUAAAAAUAAGAUUGAUAGUAUGUGUUGUCUAAAAUGGACUGAAAGACACAUUUUUUUUAACUGUUGUUAUGGUAUAGAAUAGUUACAUAUGAUCAAAGAAAGAAAAAUAUUUAAUAAAUUUUUAAACCGGAAUUAGAAAUUUAAAAAAAUUAUUUUGAAAUUUUUUUAAAGUUUUUUAUAAUUGUAUACUUGAACAAAUUUACAUCAUAUGAUAUAUUAAUUAGCUGCAUUUUAAAUGAGUUCUGUGCUUUUAUGUUGCAUAAAAUGAAGAAAAAAAAGUUUAACGAAACUUGUAACUACACUGUCUGAAUAAUUAGUAUUAAUAUAUAUCAUUGAUUUAUUUUCCCUCUCCCAUAUUCUUUUAAUAUGGGGAAAAAUUUAUUUUACUUAAUCUUACUUUUUUCUGUAGACUUGAUCUACUAUAGAUUAGACUAAAGAUUCUUUUAGCUCUACUUCAAUCAACAUUAGCUUCUCAAUAAUAUAGUGUUCUUUAAAAGCUAAAUUUCAUAUUCUUCCAAAAUUUAGAGAAUAAUGCAAGAAAUGGAGAGGGGACAGUUGCAGAAUAUUUCAUAGAAAUUUCUUAAUCUGUACCCUAUAAAAUUUUUCUAUUUUACAGUGAUUAAAAAAAUUUGUUUUUCAAUUCACUUUAUUAUUCUCGUUUAAGAACCUACAAGUCAUUGCCUAACUUGUUUGUAAACUUAAUUUUAUAAGGAAUCUUUUAAAAUGUAAAUCAAAAAUCUUGUUUAACAUUUAUUCUUGUUUAACAUCCACAAAAAUAUUUUGAUUAUUUUAUUUAUUUAUUAUUUUUUUUUUGGAAAAACUUAAAUUUAUGUUUUGAUUUUAUUUUUUGGGUGACUUAAAAGGAAACAUUUGAUGAUGUUCCUCGAAAACCUCUUCAGUUAAACUAAUUGCUUCGCAAUCACUAGGAAACAUUUUUUCAAUAAAUAUAUUACAAAAAUCUACAAAUUUUUAAGAAAUCCGAAAUGCCUAGCAAUAAACAGAAAAUUAUUAUAUUUGCCCGAAAUAAUUAUUUGACAAAAUUUCUCAUUAACAAUGCAAAGUGUUCCCUUUUAAAUUCUUUUUAAUAAUCUGUCUAGUUCACAAUUUGUAUUACUUUAUAUACUUUUUUAUGUUUGCUUUUAUAUGAAACUUUAAUUUGUGCAAUAUAUUUGCACUAUACAUAAAAGACUGAUUAUAGUGUCAUUUUGAGUUGGUGAAAUGAACUUUCAAACUUAUAAUGUUCAAAAUGUGCACAAAUUGCUGCGCAUAAAAGCUUAAAAAUUGAAUUUUUUCAAAGUACUGCAGUAACGCAAGAGAUAUGCUCUAGAAUCAGAAAUGUUAUCGAUACUCUUUACUGCAUUACUUUAUUUGGGUGGGAUCUUGGGAGGUCAGGCUUCACUGUUUAAUGUUGCUAUCUUUUCAAGAUUAGGGAUGGGACUUCAAAUUCACUCAAAAAUUCUUGAGUGGUAAGUAUUUACUUUUCAUGGACACUUUAACCAAAGUAGUAAAUUACUGCAUUGAGAUGCUUACAUGUAAGAUGCAUUUUGCAUUCCUUAUAUUUUUGUAGGCUGUUUGGGUGCAAAGAAAUGUAUUUAUGAAUUUACAGUUUACUGUAAUUAAUUCCUAUUGAAUUUCUUUAGGUGCUUUGAGUUAAAAAAUUUUAUGAGUCAGUCUAAUUCAUUAUUUAUCACCCUUUUGGAGUAUAGUGUAAAUGUCACCAGUAACUAUCGAAAUGCAUGUAUGAAUACAGCUUACCAAAAUGAAAUUGUAUUGUUAUAUUGAAAGUUUUUGCAUCUAAGGGCACCAUAGAAUGGAAUCUGAGGACCUUUCUGAACUACUAUUUAUGAUAGUAUCUUCUAACUACAAUUCCUUAUAGUAGAAUCUAAGGGCAUUUUAGAAGUACUAUUCAUUAUAGUAGAACUUAAGGGCAUCUCUGAACUACUAAACAUUAUAGUAGAAUCUAAGGGCAUCACAGAACUACUAUUCAUUACAGUAGAAUUUAAGAGAUAUUUCAGAACUACUAUUCAUUAUAGUAGACUCUAAGAGCAUCACAAACCAAAGAUUCAUCACAGUGGAAUCUAAGGGAAUCACAGAUCUACUAUUAAUUGCUUCAGUACAUAUAUUUUGUACAAUUUCUGCGUAAUGUAUGUAUAUUAAAACAUACUAUUGUCUGUUUAUGAUUAAUUGAAGAAAGACAAAGUGUUCGUGUAAGCAAAAUAAAGACUUUUGAACACUUGUUUUUGCUCACUUCAGCAUUUCUUUAGAAAUGAGAAAACAGUAAUUUUUAUUGGUGAAUUCAUUCAAAAUAAUGUUUCAUGUAAAGUUAAUUUAUGCAACAUUAAUAUGAUUGAUUAGAAUUUGUCUCUCUAACAAUGAAUAUGACGCAAAGUUAUUUUGUGAAAAGUUGUUCGUUUUCAAAAGAAUGUUAGUUAUAUGAGUAAGACUUACUUUGUACGAUUUUGGAGAUGUAACAUCUCCCUCCAGUUUUUUCUCUUUAAGAGAAGUUCCUUUUUAGGGUCAACGUGUCUUAUGUGUUAUGAGUGUAAAAUAUGCUUCAUAUUUGUAAAAAAUAUUUAGUCAUAUAUUAAAUAUUGUUAUAUAUUAGUAUAAGUAUUUUUAAUGUGUAAAAUUAUUGUAGUUUUCUAUUGAUUUGUAAUGAAUAUGUUUAAUAUAUUUCCUUUAUCUUUAAAAUUUACUUGAAAGUAAAAAAGUAAAGAUGUAACAUCUCCCUCCAGUUUCUUGUCUUUAAGAGAAGCUCCUUUUUAGGGUCAACGUGUCUUAUGUGUUAUGAGUGUAAAAUUUGCUUCAUAUUUGUAAAAAAUAUUUAGUCAUAUAUUAAAUAUUGUUAUAUAUUA